GGCAGAAAUGACUGGCCCAGUGGAUUUUCACAGAGAUGUGGAUUUCGAUUUCCGGCUGCGAGAUAAACGGAGUGGAAGCUUUCCGGUGAAGUGGCACAUCAUAAAGGAUUUGGCAAACUUAAAAAAUUUUAGGUUCACCAUAUUGCACACCAAUGAGAACAUGCCAGGGACUGACAAAAGAGACAUACAAAGGUUGAGCUACAAGAAAGGUCUGCGGAUGCAUAACAUAUUCAAGCGCCGUACGUCAACAACAUCCCUACUCGAUUUUAUGCAGGAAGAGGGAGAAGGCAGGCUUCAGAAACAAUGAGAUGGUAAAUGCUGUGAUGAUAGUGUCAAUUCCAGUCGGAACAACUCCACUGGAUACGAGAAGUCGCCCUUAUGAGCAGGGACGGAUCCAGGAUUCAUCUUUAGCGGGCUGAAUUUAUUAUCGUGUCAUGUUUUUCG